AUGUCAGUUGAAGAUUUUCUGUUUCGGUUAGAAUAUCUGAAAGAACAAUACGCGUGUUCAUGGGGAGAAAUUCUACGCGACUUCCAUAGGCUGUUGAGUGGGGAGGCGCGUGAAUGGUAUUGGCUCUAUAUUAAGUCGCAUGGUAAAGUGGAUUGGCCUAGCUUGCAACUCGCACUUCGACGCCAAUUCGCAUCACAACACACCGACUUCGAGCUUCUGAGGGAAUUGACCGAGCGGAAGCAAAGACCCGGUGAAUCCAUAGACGAGUAUUUUCACGUGGUGGGUACGUUGCGAUCGCGACUUAGAAAUCCAAUUCCGGAGUACGAGAUUAUCCGAUUAGUGAAAGGGAAUUUGCGCGAAUCGUUGGCUAAGAUAGUAUAUCCCAUUGCCGCGUAUUCACUCGAGCAGCUACGGUUGGAAUGUAAGGAAGUGGAACGGUGUUUUCCGCGUAGGGAUCGCACGCUAACAAGUGGCGUUGCUCCACGCUCACAACACGUCAAUGAAAUCAUGUCGAUCGAAGACGAAGAACAUUUCUCUCCCGGUGAUGAGGGUCAAGUCACCGUGGAGGAAAUACGCCACCAACGCGCGGCUAGACAGCCAGCUGGGCGCAGCAAGGUAUCGUGUUGGAAUUGUGAUGUGGAAGGCCAUUUCUUCACCGAUUGCAUGCCCAUGCAGCGGCGAAUAUUUUGCUUCAAAUGUGGGAAGUUAGAUGUCAUAACACCGAAAUGUCCGGUAUGCAACCCAGCGGGAAACGCCUUACCUAACGCCAUUACGACAGGGGAAUCGCGCUCCACACAAACCCCGCACCAGUAG